AUGUUCUCGUAUAAGUUGAAACCUCUCUCGAAGCCCGUUCAUAUGAAUACAUUCUUUGGACAAAAAAGAAAUUUUUGUUGGGAUAAUCAACCUAUUCCCAGGGACUUUGAAAAAACCUUUAGUUCUUUGAGAGAAAAGCUUCAAGAAAUAGAACAACUCCGUUCUGACGUUCAACAAUCAUCCGUUCAAGCUGCCUCCCGAUGUUCCGAACUUAGCGGCUACUUUAACGAGCUGGAAAAGAAUACCGAGAUUGUCGGUCAACAUCUCGAAGAGUUGAAUCGUUUGUGGAAAGAGGAAGGAAAGAAAAAUCAAGAUAUCAUAAAAGAUGCAUGUCAUAAGCUCAUUAAAGGAUUUGGUAUUUACGGAGCAUAA